AUGAAGGUGCUACAUCGUUUCUUCAUAAUCAUUACUCCUUCACAAAACCAUAAUACCCUUUUGAUGCUUCCCAGAUUCUUUAUCAACGAUUGGAGACACCAACUUGGUGACACAGUACAAGUAACUGCAUAUGAUGGUAUAAUUGUCACAAUACGAUUGGAAAGAGAUGAUGGAAGAAUAUAUUUUGCCGAUGGAUGGAAACAAUUUUUUGACCAUCAUAAUUUACAGGAUGCUCAUGUUUUGAUAUUUGAAUAUAACGGAAACUCCACAUUCAAUAUGACCAUUUUUGACCAUUCUAGAUUAGAGGUCACAUAUGAAUCUGAUGUUCCUGAAGAAUACAACGUUUCACAUACAGAUAAUCCUGCAUUUGGAAUAACACUAACACCUCAUCACAAUAGCCACCGAAAAAUUAAGAUGAGACUUGGUAAGAAGUAUGGAAAGUUGCGUGUUGCAAUAAAUUUGAAGGGCAUCCAAGGGGCCAACAGUUCAUUCUACAAAUCCCCCAAGCUUUGCUUCCCCCGUUCGAGUGGAAGCUUGGGAAGUGGGUAG